UGUCUGGCAUGCAUGUACUGUGGGUUUUUAUUAUCAUUUUUUUAUUAUUAUUAUUUAUUUUUUUUAAUUCCAGAUGGCUUUCUCGACGACCGGCACUCCAAACAUCAGCUCGUGCUGCCUCUGUCCCUUAUGUGCCACCUCAUGGCUGAGGUGCACACCCUGCUCUGGUGCGGCUUCUCCUCGGGUGCUGUGAGCGGUUUUAGGCACCAUAAUACGGAAAAGACGUUAGGCUGUUGGAGAGGGUGCUGAAGGGUCUGGAGGGGAAGCCGUGUGAGGGGCGGCUGAGGGUACUUGGUCUGUCCAGCUGGAGGAGAUUGAGGGGAGACCUCAGCAUCCUCGGCAUGAGGCAGAGGAGGGGCAGGUGCCGAUCUCUGCACUCUGGGGGCCAGGGACAGGACUGGAGGAAACAGCAUGAAGCUGAGUCGGGGCAGGUUUAGCUUGGAUAGCAGGAAAAGGUUUUCCGAACAGAGCGUGUUUGGGCACUGGUACGGGAUUCUGACGGCCGUGCUCUCCCCUGAGGGGACGCGCCCGAGGGCGGGAACGCGGCGCGUGCGGGCUGGGCACGCGCGGCGCGCGCCGAUGACGCGCGCGCUCUCCCCCCGCCCCAUCAUCCGCGCGCUGCCCCCUCACGGCGCGGCCAUGAAGGCGACGCCGCUCUCCAACUGCGAGCGGCGAUUCCUCCUGCGCGCCAUCCAGGAGAAGAAGCGCCUGGACGGGAGGCAGUGCUACGACUACCGGAACAUCCGCGUCUCCUUCGGCGCCGACCGUGGCUGCUGCAUCGUGGAGCUGGGCAGGACCAGGGUUCUUGCACAGGUCUCAUGUGAACUUGUUCCCCCUAAGCCCAGUCGGCCCACGGAAGGUGUGCUCUUCUUUAAUCUGGAGCUCUCACCCAUGGCUGCACCUGGGCUGGAGCCUGGCAGACAGUCAGAGUUACUGGUGUCACUGAACAGACUACUGGAACGAUGCCUCAGAGAUUCCAAAUGCAUUGACACUGAAUCUCUCUGCGUUGUUGCUGGUGAAAAGGUUUGGCAAAUUCGGCUGGACAUGCAUCUGUUAAACCAUGAUGGCAACAUCACUGAUGCUGCCAGCAUAGCAGGGAUUGUAGCUCUGUGUCAUUUUCGCAGGCCAGAUGUGUCUGUGCAAGGAGAAGAAGUAACUGUGUACACUCCUGAGGAACGUGAUCCUGUCCCCUUGAGUAUCCACCACAUGCCCAUUUGUGUCAGUUUUGCCUUCUUCCAUCAAGGGACCUAUUUAUUGGUGGAUCCAACUGAACCUGAGGAGCGGGUGAUGGAUGGGCUCCUUGUAAUUGCCAUGAAUAAACACCAUGAAAUUUGUACCAUCCAGUCCAGCGGAGUGUUGAUGCUGCUGCAGGAUCAAAUUCUGAGAUGCAGUAAAAUAACAGCUGUUAAGGUCGCAGAAAUAACAGAACUGAUUCAAAAAGCCUUGGAAAACGACCAGAAAGCCAGGAAAGAAGGUGGAAAGUUUGGCUUUGCGGAAUCUAUCCCCAACCAAAGGAUCACUGCCUUCAAAAUGGAGAGUGCUGCUGUGGACACCAACGAUGUGGAAGAACAGGCUGGAGAAAUCAUUGCUAAAGCUGACCCUCCUUCAGAAGUUUUUGCCAAUCCAGUAUUGCACACUCCUGGGACAGCCCAAAUUGGGGAAGGAAUAGAGAACUCCUGGGGAGACCUUGAAGAAUCUGAGAAGGAAGAAGCAGCGGAAGAGGAAGGUGAAAGUGAGGCAGCUGCUUUUGAAUGUGAGAAAGUGGAAACUGAGGAUACAAGUACACUGAGGGAAACUAAGAGGGGUGAACCCAUUGUACUGUCUGACAGUGAGGAGGAAGAAGUUGUCAUUCUGGAACCACGGGAACUACCAAGGAAAACAAGAACACAGAUCAGCUCCAAACAAGAAAAUCCAAGUAAGAAAGGAUUUAACAAAAGAAGAAGAAAGAAGAGAACUUCUCGUUAAAGCUGUAACCCCUCUGCAGGAAUGCUGUAUAAUAUGGAUUUUGAUGUAUUAUUACUGAGCUUAUUUUUGUAGAUAAUUUUACUUCUUCCCCUCCCAAUAUCUGGUUCUGCUUUUACGUAUAUGUAAAAACGAUUGUACACAAAUUUAAAUUAAAAAAUGGUGCCUGUAACUGAAA